AUGGCCAACACCGAAUUCGGGAACCUGAUGGGGGAUAUCAUCGCUUCCCUCAGGGACGCCCAGUCCAACUACAGCAAACUAAGGGGAGACGACCAAUUCCCGAAAGCCUUCCACGGAGCCGGUCGAGAGCUCGAACACGUUCAUCAUACCCUUGAAAGCAUUCAAUCGCAUGGCACUUCCGACGACCGGACGGUGAUAUCUGAAAACAGUGUUCGAGCCCUCCAAGCAUGCAAUGCCAAGGCGAAACUCUCUGCGGUGACCUACGCGGAAACCGCGCGGAGACACGGUAGCCAGCGGCUCGAAGCCUACUGGUCGACUGUAAGUCAGAAUGGUGAUGGUAGCACCGUCGAAGCGCUGGUCAUGGGGAUGGUGCGCGACCUGCAAACUCUCGCCAACGUCGCCAAAGUCCAAGCAACCAUAAGAGACUCGAUUCAAAGACUGCACGACGGUGUCUCCCACAGGCUUUCUACCUUAGGAUCCUCAGCGCCGAAUACCCAGCCGCGCAACGUCUAUAAUAAUAACUACGGUCACGGGGCCCAAAACAAUGUUUCGGGAGGUGUACAGAACAAUCUCACAGGGAGAGGGAACCAGUUUUCGGGGGUGACUUUCAGUGGGCCUGUCGACUUCGGAAGAACCGAGUGA